AUGGACAACACUACCAACGGCUGGUCCAACGAUGCUAACCACCUUGGCAGACAGCUGCAUUCGGAUCUGAGCUAUCCACAAGCUCAAAAGUCAGCCAAGAUCAUGGAAUCAGGGACUAGUCAGACGGACGAACCUUCUGGUAACGACAUCAGGCUUAAUUCUAGCAAUUAUCCUCACGGGUCGUGGCAUAAUGCAAGUCCAUACAGCCAAAGCCCAUAUGAAAACAGCCCCCUGAACGAAUAUGCGAAUUAUCAACACUAUGUGCACCACCCGAUAUCGCUGACAGGCUUGCCAGCGAUAUUACCCAACUCGCACAUGGCGCACGGAGGAUCCAUGGCUCACCAAGACUUGCCUAUGCUGACAACGACAACGUGGCCCAGCGAGCUGACGCACACCCAGUCAAGCGCCUAUUCAGUUUCAUCUAGUACAAUAGCCUCGGCAGCGAUGCCUUCGAUAACCACAGCAAAGCCUGCUGAGAAAACGCGAAAGACCUUGACCUUUGAACAGAAGAGAGACAUGUGUCUAUAUCAUGAGCAGCAUCCCAAAACCAGGCAGGCGGACAUUGGACAAGUUUUCAGAGUGGAAAGAAGUACCGUGUCAAAAGUUUUGCGCAACAAGGAGAUGUAUCUCAAAGGCGAAAUCGAAAAAGAUUCCAACGGCAAACGCACCAAUGGGAAGAAUCCCGACUUCGAUCGCACACUGGGCAAUUAUAUUCGAAGACAGCGAGACCGUGGGAUCCCCAUGAGCGAUUCGGACAUCAUGGACCGAGCCUACCAAUAUGCGCGCGGCAGCCCCAACCACCAGGCGAUCCUGGAAAAGCUGACACAAUCUUGGCUCAACAAAUUCAAACAAAGAUACUCUCUCGACACCGCAGGGAUGACACGACGCGCCUCUGAGCCGAGCAUCCCGGAGAAGCUGUCAAUAUCGGCCCGGUUCCAGAGUAUUUCGCCUUCCCCGCCCUCGACGCAGACGUCGCCUUUGUCUGUGAGUCCCAGCGACGACGACCUGCGAUCGCGCGGCGACUACAGCUUCACCUACCGCCAAUAUGCCUCCCACUCCGAGACGUCGCUGACGGACCAUGCCGCCUCAUCCUUUUCAUCCGAGCUCAUCAGCCCUGUCGCGCCGUUUGGCUACUCCCCGGACGGGCCACCUUCGGCGUUUCCUCUCGAUCCCGAGUUCGAGGCCACCGCCGCCGGACCGAAGCGACACGAGCCUCCCUUUCGACCGAUGGAACUCGAGUAUCCCAAUCAACACAUGCAUGCGAACGCGGGCGAUGCCGUGUUAAUAACGCCCCGCAACAUUCCACCGCCCGUGGGAAAUAAGUCAAUGUCGUCUCCCGUGGCCGAUCACAGGGCCGCCUCACAUACCAAUGGUCGCCUGGAUGACAAGCAAGUCAAGGCCGAGGAAGCCGGCACAUUGCACACCGCGCCCGGCCCAGAGGAUGCGCAGCGGGCUGCCGCCACGCUGCUCAACUAUUUCCAGAACUUUGGCCCGUCUGGUCAGUUUGACCACGAGUGCUCGGCCAUCCUGCAGCUCACCCGAAAACUCCACACGCAGUCCAACCUGUUCUCGCACCCAGAUGGGAGCGGGCUGACAAGAAUCGGAGAAGGAGACGCCGACUUGAUUACGGCUGGCGGAGGUCACCGUCAUUGA